AUGCAUUUCGACCUCGGAAACCACAUUCGGACACGGACACGCAGUGCUCAAUUUGAGAGAACUGUGAUGAACAUCGUCUCUCUCGGAACGAACACCAUCACAGAUGAUCGGCGGUCCCUUCGUCCGCUGCCUGCACCGAGAGCCUCCAGCCUUGCUUUUCCUAAGGAUAUGGACAACGCCAUUGCCAUGGAACGCCAUAAGAUGCCAGACAGUGAGGGAGGUCCUCCAAAGCUUCGCCCAGUCAGACCUAUGAGCUACGACGAACUCUACUUCAAAGCUGGACUGUACGAGGAAGCGUUCAAGACUCAGAGCUCUACAAACGGCUCAUCUGCUGCUCCCGCAGUCAUUGCCCCACAACCCAAGGCAUCUUCUCCGACUCCUGCCGCAAACGAUGCGCGGAACAUUGUCCGGCGGAAGCUGACGGGCUACGUUGGAUUUGCCAACCUACCCAACCAAUGGCACCGCAAGAGCGUCCGGAAAGGCUUCAACUUCAACGUGAUGGUUGUCGGCGAAUCGGGACUGGGCAAGUCGACCCUCGUCAACACCUUGUUCAACACUUCGCUGUAUCCCCCCAAGGAGCGUAAGAGCCCCAGCCUGGAGAUCAUCCCCAAGACUGUGACGAUCCAGUCUAUUAGCGCCGACAUUGAGGAGGCUGGCGUUCGCUUGCGCCUGACAGUUGUCGACACUCCUGGCUUCGGCGACUUUGUUAACAACGACGAGUCGUGGCGUCCGAUUGUCGACAACAUCGAGCAGCGGUUCGACGCCUAUCUCGAUGCCGAGAAUAAGGUCAACCGCAUGAACAUUGUGGACAACCGUAUCCACGCUUGCGUUUUCUUCAUUCAGCCCACAGGCCACUCGCUGAAGCCUCUCGACAUUGAAGUGAUGAAGCGCCUUCACACCAAGGUCAACCUCAUCCCGGUCAUUGCCAAGUCUGAUACUCUGACGGAUGAGGAGAUCACCGCAUUCAAGCGCCGGAUUCUGGCCGAUAUCCAGUACCACAAGGUGCAGAUCUUUGAGGGGCCCCGCUACGAGCUCGACGACGAGGAGACGAUCGCGGAGAACAACGAGAUUCUUUCAAAGGUCCCCUUCGCAGUUGUGGGUGCCACAAAUGAGAUCACCAAUGCCGACGGACGUAAAGUGCGGGGCCGUCGUUACCCAUGGGGUGUCAUUGAGGUGGACAACGAGGAGCACUGCGAUUUCGUGAAGCUCCGGCAGAUGCUCAUCCGCACCCACAUGGAGGAGCUCAAGGAGAACACGAACAACAUUCUCUACGAGAACUACCGCACGGACAAGCUGAUCCAGAUGGGAGUGUCACAGGAUCCUAGCGUGUUUAAGGAAGUGAACCCGGCCGUGAAGCAGGAGGAGGAGCGCGCGCUCCACGAUCAGAAGCUCGCCAAGAUGGAAGCGGAGAUGAAGCUUGUCUUUCAGCAGAAGGUUUCUGAGAAGGAAUCCAAGCUCAAGCAGAGCGAGGAGGAACUCUAUGCCCGGCACCGGGAGAUGAAGGAUCAACUGGACCGCCAACGUGCAGAGCUGGAGGAGAAGAAGUCCCGCCUCGAGAGCGGACGGCCCCUGGAGAAGGAGGGCAAGCGGAAGGGGUUCUCUCUUCGCUAA